CAAGCGACGAGCAGGAAAUGACCAAUAAUAUUGUUGGAUUUUAUCGCAACGACGGAAGGGAAACAGAAAAUUUGCUUUGUUCAUUGGCUGUCGCUUGUUGUCCCUUAUUUGUAGCUCGCAGUCGGAAUCAGUCCCAAGGAAUGCCUUGCUCUACUUGGAAUAAACUUGACUUUGAGUUUUGCGGAAUUGUCGAAUAGCGCUUUCAACAUUUUUAUUUUACCGCCAGACGUAAAGUAAACGUUCUUCAUUCUCAGUUAGAUCAACGUUCUAAGUAAUUCUGUAAUUCUUACCAAUUUACCAAUGCUUAUUAUAUUCUUAUUGACAAAGGUAUAUUCGAUCACAUAUUGCAAUGCUGGAAAUAACGUGCAAUGAUCGCUUAGGGAAAAAAGUCAGAGUAAAAUGUAAUCCAGACGAUACGAUAGGUGACCUAAAGAAGUUAAUUGCUGCACAGACUGGAACGCAUUGGGAAAAAAUCGUUUUAAAGAAAUGGUACACCAUUUUCAAAGACCACAUCACAUUGCACGAUUAUGAGAUUCAUGAUGGUAUGAAUCUGGAAUUAUAUUAUCAAUAAAGCAAUUUGUUGAUCUUAAUACCCAUUCAUAAUUUGUAUUUUUAAUUUACAUGAUUAUCCAUAAACUGUAUAUAAUGAUCUAAUAAAUUCAAAACAGAUGACAGAAA